AUUUGAAGACAGCGAAGGUUCAGUUACUAUCGUUCUCUUUACUUCCGAUCGUCGAACUAUCAACAUGGCAGCCUCCAGUCCGAAGCCAAACAGAAGAGUAUUUGUGGUUGGGGUGGGCAUGACAAAGUUUGAAAAACCAGGCCGCAAAGAUGAUUUUGACUACCCAGAAAUGGCCAAAGAAGCAGGAACUAAGGCCCUAGAAGAUGCUGGUAUAUCGUACGACCAGAUUCAACAUGCCUGUGUUGGAUAUGUUUAUGGUGACACAACAUGUGGACAGAGGGCUCUCUAUCAGCUGGGGAUGAGUGGCAUACCCAUCUACAAUGUGAACAAUGCCUGUGCCACAGGCUCUACAGCGCUGUACAUGGCAAGGAACCUCAUUUUAGGAGGGCUUGCUGACUGUGUGUUGGCUAUCGGGUUUGAGAAGAUGGAACGGGGUUCAUUGAAGAAGAAGUUUACUGACCGGACCAAUCCCAUGGACAAACACAUGGAGGUGAUGAUGAAUGGGCACGGGCUGGAGAAGGGGCCGGUCACUGCCCAGAUGUUUGGAAAUGCUGGCCGGGAACACAUGGAAAAAUAUGGAACUAAACCAGAACACUUUGCAAAGAUUGCCUGGAAGAACCACAAACAUUCCACCAACAACCCGUAUUCUCAAUUCCAAGAUGAAUACUCUCUGGAACAAAUCAUGAACUCCCCUAAGAUUCAUGAUCCACUUACCAAGUUGCAGUGUUGCCCGACCUCUGAUGGAUCAGCCGCCGCCAUUCUGUGCAGUGAGGAGUUUGUCAAAAAACACAAUUUACAAAACCAGGCAGUGGAAAUUGUCUCCAUGGAAAUGGGCACAGAUUUCCCAAGCACAUUUAAGGAGAACUCUUGCAUGAAAAUGGUUGGUUAUGACAUGGCCAAAGAAGCAGCAAACAGAGCAUUUGCAAAUGCAGGGUUGAGCAGAGAUGCUGUGCAGGUUGUAGAACUACACGAUUGUUUCUCCUGCAAUGAGCUCAUCACUUACGAAGCACUGGGCUUAUGUGAAGAAGGAAAAGCCAAGGAUUUGAUUGACUCUGGAAACAAUACAUAUGGAGGGAAGUACGUCAUUAACCCCAGUGGGGGACUCAUUUCUAAAGGACACCCCCUGGGAGCCACAGGUCUGGCGCAGUGUGCAGAGCUUUGCUGGCAGCUGAGAGGAAUGGCCGGCAAAAGGCAGGUCAAAGGAGCCAAGGUCGGCCUGCAACAUAACCUAGGGCUAGGGGGCGCUGUGGUGAUCAGUAUCUAUAGACUGGGAUUCCCCAAUGCUCGACAACAGAUUCAGGCAGUUCCUGCUAGUAGUUCAGCAGCAAAAGAUUUCAAAUGUAAUGUCAUCUUCGAGGAAAUCAAAGAAAAUCUAGACAAGGAUGGACCAGGAUGGGUUAAAAAGAUGAAAGGAGUUUUCUGCUUCAAAGUGAAGGGAUCAGGUGGGAAGGAAGGUGUAUGGGUGGUGGAUGCUAAGAACGGGAACGGAUCGGUCAAGUUCGGGGUUGAUCCUAAGGGUGACGUGACCAUCAUAAUGUCAGAUGAUGAUAUGGUGAACCUUAUGUUGGGAAAACUAAAUCCACAACAGGCAUUCUUUCAAGGAAAGUUAAAAAUUCAGGGAAACAUGGGACUGGCCAUGAAACUGAGAGAGUUCCAGAACAGGACCAAGUCCAAGUUGUGAGGGGAAAGGAAUGUUAUAAACUGUAGUUCACUCCAGAAAGAUGUGAUAUAUCCAGAGCGAUCAUGUGAUUUAUGCAUUCACCAAUCAUCACUGACAUUUUGAUCAUGUGACUCUUCCACUGUGGAUCAGUUAACUGAUUUAAGAUUUCAUUCUUGAGGCAGUGAAGGUUUAAUUGUGAUUAAUCAGGCUUGUUUUUAUGUAUCAUUAAAUUAUUUGUUUUAUUUUUGUGACUUUCAUAAUACACCAUUUCCACCAAACCUACGGUAUUUAUUGAUAUACAUGUACUGAUGUUAUAGAGGGAUUAAUGUACAUUUAUGUUUCAUAUCAGUAUGAAUGUGAUUACUUUUGAUUUAUUUUGGGUUGUUUAAGUGUGUAAAUAAACGAAACACUUCUAUAGGAUCAGCUUCAGCAAUCACCGAUAUAUCUUAUACUGGUAUUUUUUUCUCUUAAAGUGAAAAUUAGGAUUACCACCCAAGAAUAUUAUUUGACCUUAGGCACAAUAUAUAUCCUGUUUUCAUGAUGUACAUGUAAUUCUGUUUUAAUAUCUUGAUAUAUCAUGUUAAUGAACUAAUGAAUGAAAAAUGAAUAAACUUGUAUACAUGUCA